AUACCUAACUAUAAUAAAUGAAAUGUAACCAUGAAGAUAUUAAAACAUGAUAUCAAGAAAUUUACAUUAGGUAUAGAAUCGUGAGUCGCCGUAAACUGAUCAGCACAAGGCUUAAAAAUGCCAGACACAAAAUCAGAGCUGAUUCUAUACAAGUUAGAUGGAAGUCCGCCAUCCAACUCCGUGAUGAUACUUGGAGAACUGAUAGGUCUUCAAAUAACCGGCAAAGAUGUCGACCUUCUCAACAUGAAACACAAAUCCGAAGAGUUCAAAAAGAUUAACCCAAUGGGGACUUUGCCGGCGCUUGCAGACGGAGAAUAUUGUAUAUCUGAAAGCCACGCGAUAAUGAAAUAUCUUCUAGAAGAGUACGGGACAGGAGAUCAGAAAGAGGCACUGUACCCAUCAGACCCGAAGACCAGGGGCAUGGUAGACCAGGUCAUGUUCUUUGACACCGGAGUACUGUUUAUCAGAGUGAAAGAUAUCUCGCUAGGUGCAAUAUUCCAAGGCGCUAAGUGUCCUACUGAGAAACAGAGGCAGGCAGUAGAGGAUGCCUACUACGUGCUAGAGGCGUACCUACAGAACUCUUACCUCGCCUGCGACCACAUGACUCUAGCAGACAUUGGUGCUGCGACUACUACCAACGCCUUGCAAGUCAGCCAUAGGCUGGACGAAAAUAAAUUCCCACGCACUGUAAACUGGCUGGCCAGAAUGAACGAACAUGCGCUAUUCAAGAAAAUCAACGUGCCAGGUCUUGCUAUGUACACUCACGUCAUGAAAUCCUGCUGGGAGAAAAACCAACAAGCUGACACAUAGUACAGUAGUUUAAA